AACCAUAUCAAGCUCCCCUUUCUUUCCCCCUCCCAACAUUUCUUCUUCAUGGCAUCCGAGGAUUGCACACACUUUAAGCAAUCUUCCAAGAAGUAGAGAUCAAUGAAGUCUACAGAAUCGAUGACUGUUGCUGAGGGCAAAGCCUACAGGCACCCAACAUACAGGGGAGUAAGGAUGCGCAGCUGGGGCAAAUGGGUGUCAGAAAUACGCGAGCUGAGAAAGAAUUCAAGAAUUUGGCUUGGAACAUACCCUGCUGCAGAAAUGGCAGCUCGUGCGCAUGAUGUUGCUUCUAUGGCAAUUCAAGGUCGCUCUGCCUACUUAAAUUUUCCAGAAUUGGUUCACACUCUUCUUCGUCCAGCUAGUGCCUCGCGCAAGGACAUCCAGGAGGCAGCUAGUAAAGCGGCAUGUCAAUAUGUAAGAUUCGAACCUAAAACCCUUUUAAAACAAAAUGAAACCAUGGAUCCUCACUCUCCUAGUAUCACCAUGACCUCAAAUGAAACUCAAGACUCCCCAUCUUGUCAAUCUGUAGAGAGUGACAGCAUGUGGUUUGACCUCCCUGAUCUCUCUCAAGAAUCCAACUCAAAUCAAAGGUUUGGUUUUAGUUUUUGGUAGCAACAAAAUGGAGUCAACUCU